GGAGAGCAGACUGGAAUCCAGAGAAAAACAGCUGGAAGAUCAGAAGACAUUAAACACAUACAUGGAGACCAGACUGAGUUCUACUGAGGAACAACUGGACCAGUCAAAGAAUCAGUCUGCAGUUCUGGAGGUCAGACUGAGAGUCAGUGAGAGACGACUGGAGGAGCAGGAAACAGGAAGCUCAGCUGACAUCCUGGUCCAACUGAAAUCCACCGAAGCUCAGCUGGUCCAGUUGCAGAACCACACAGCAGUUCUGGAGGUCAGACUGAGAGUCAGUGAGAAGAUCCUGGAAGACCUGAAGAAAGAAAACUCAGAGUUGGUGAGUAAACUGAGAACCAGAGAGACGCAGCUGGAGGACCAGAAGACAACAAACACAAACAUGGAGACCAGACUGAGAUCUACUGAGGGACAACUGGACCAAUUAAAGAAUCAGUCUGCAGUUCUGGAGGUCAGACUGAGAGUCAAUGAGAGACGACUGGAGGAGCAGGAAACAGGAAGCUCAGAGGUGGAGAGCAGACUGAGGUCCAGAGAAAAACAGCUGGAAGAUCAGAAGACAACAAUCACAGACAUGGAGACCAGACUGAGUUCUACUGAGGAACAAGUGGAGCAAUUAAAGAAUCAGUCUGCAGACAUGGAGGCCCGACUUGGAUCAACUGAGGCACAGCUGGAGCAGCUGGAGAAUCACACAGCAGUCCAGUUCUCCCAGAUGGAGUCCAGACUAACUGAUGGACUGAAUAGAACAACAGAGUUGGUGAACAGACUGAGAACCAGUGAGAAACAACUGAAAGAGCUGAAGUUUAGUAACUCAAACAUGGAGACCAGACUGAGAUCUACUGAGGAACAACUGGACCAGUCAAAGAAUCAGUCUGCAGUUCUGGAGGUCAGACUGAGAGUCAGUGAGAGACGACUGGAGGAGCAGGAAACAGGAAGCUCAGAGUUGGAGAGCAGACUGAGGUCCAGAGAAAAACAGCUGGAAGAUCAGAAGACAUUAAACACAUACAUGGAGACCAGACUGAGUUCUACUGAGGAACAACUGGACCAGUCAAAGAAUCAGUCUGCAGUUCUGGAGGUCAGACUGAGAGUCAGUGAGAGACGACUGGAGGAGCAGGAAACAGGAAGCUCAGCUCAGUUCUCCUGGAUGGAGUCCAGACUGACGGAUGAACAGCGCAGAACUGCAGAGUUUGAAACCCAGCUGUCAGCUGUGACUUUCAGACUGAACGUGACUAAGGAGCUUCUGGAUGAUCUGAAGAAACAAAGCCUAGCUGGAGCAGCUGAACUGGCUUCACUUUCAGAGAGGCUGACUGCAGCUCAGGGGAACACAGAAGAUGAGGUGAAGGUGGCUUUUUCAGCCGGUCUGACUGAUUCAGGAAUAGUCGGUCCAUUUGAUGAAGAAACUACUCUGAUCUUCUCCAAAACCAUCACCAACGUUGGCCGAGGAUACAACAGCUCUGCAGGUGUUUUCACCGCUCCAGUCACGGGACUUUAUUUCUUCAGCUUCACGGCUGCAGAUUACUUGAAGGGUUACAUGGGCCUGUACCUGUACAGGAACGAGCAGCAAGUCACCUUCAGCCUGGACCUGAAUGACCAUGGAGGAUACGCCUCCAUGACCAGUGCAGUGGCUCUGCAGCUGGAUCGGGGCGAUCGGGUUCGCCUCGCUCUGCCAGCCAGCUAUCGGCUCUAUGACGACUCCAGAAACUUCAGCGUGUUCUCAGGUUUCCUGCUGUUCCCGGUCUGACCCGGCUACAUCAGGAGCAACAUGGAGUCUUCACUCAGACUGAAAUAAAAGUAGAUUUUUUGGUCAGUG